CCAGCCUACAAAUAGCACCCCAGCUGAGCAGCCACACCAUACAUGCUUGCAAUUGCAACAAAGCUUGUGUUGUGCAACAACAGCAGCUCAGAGACACUAGCUCCAGAGUCAGGACUAACUACUAGCCAAAGCCAAGAUCACACAACUUCCAUUCCAAGACCAAGAGCGCUUCCAAAUUGCGGGCUUCUCCUCGCGGUGCAACAGUGUGUAUGCUCUGCCUGCUAUUCUGAUCUUAGGGGGCAAGCGCGACUGCCACUUCACACCUUCCUCAAGGCGGCGAAGAUGUCGGUGGCCGUGUACCGUGGCCCAGCUGCUGUUCCGGCGUUCGAGGCGCCCUGCUGGCUGCGCCCUGCUGAGCCGUACAAGCAGCCGGAGGCCGUCGUCGACGACCGGCCUGCGCAGGUGGACAUAUGGAACGCCAUCCAGGCCGACGUGGACAGGGCGUCCGCCGGCGCUAAGAAGGCGUCGAAGCCGUACGUGCACCGGUCGCGGAGCCUGAUGAGCCAGAAGAGCCUCGAGGUCUGCACAGAGAGCCUGGGCAACGAGACCGGCUCUGGCGACUUCACGUCGUCCCUGGACAUGGCCUUCCUGUUCGACUCGCCGCUGCCGGCGGGUGCUGCCGCAGAGGAGGAGUCCUUCUGGCAGCACGACGGGUCUCGCCGCUGCGAGGAGGAGCAGUGGGAAAGCGAGGACCUCGCGGCGGUGAACUACCACUGCUCGGCCGGGACGCGGCCGCUGAACCGCCGCUCGUUCCCGCCGCCGCUGCCGUCCAUGUCGCGCCGCGACGGGCCGUGCCUGCAGAUGCGCCCACGCCGCCAGGACGGGCGCCUCGUGGUCGAGGCCGUGGCGGUGAGGCCGCGCGGCUACCUCCACGCGAAGCGCCAGGGCGGGCGCCUCCGCCUCUCCUUCGUCGAGUGCUCUGCUCGCGCCCAGAGCGCGGCGAGCAGGAUCACCGCGGCGGCAGCUGAGGCGCCGUAUUUCCCCGCCGUGGAGCCCAAGAACGCGCAAGAGGAAGAGGCGGCCGUGGAAGUGGUGGACGACGACGACGAGGAGGUGAUGGAGGAGGAGGAGGAGGAGGUGGAGGUGCUGGACAGGGGCACCGUCGUUGAGGUCAAGGUGAGCACGCAGCCGCAGGCGCCCACCGCGGGCAAGGUGCACCGCUCGAGGCUCGUGAUCAACAAGUUCGUCGGCAGCACGCCGCUGUCCGUGGACCAGCCCCGGUGCGAUGACGGCGCGAGACAGCCCGAGGCGAACACCCGCGACGACGAGACGACGGCGGCGGCACAGCCGUCACGCCCGACCAUGCGACGGGUGCCGUCGUCUACGACGACGCUGGCGGCCGCGGUCGCCGCAGCCUCGACAGGGACCGACGUCCCGCCGGCUCCGGAGGACGACGACGAGUGCGGCGGGCUGCACCUUCCCGCCCCGGCCGCGGCCGAGACCAAACAGCUUCUGCUGCUGUCGUUCACGUCGCGGAGGGGGGACAAGCAGGACCUGCUGCAGAGCGUGCGGCGGUGCCGGCAGCUGCGGCAGAAGAAGCUCUUCAUCCUGGAGCCCUACUGCAUUGCCACCUCCUGAACAAAACCGUCCAUCACUGCGCUGGCACACCACAGAGCUGCGAAUGCGACAGUUCGGUCGCGUCGCCAUUGCUAGCCUUAAAUUAAUCACUAGCAAAUCAAGCACGGUCCUGAUUAGCCGAUUAUAAGAACCCCUGCCAGUCCCGUCUCCGUCGUCGUCACAGUGGCUUUCCCCAUGUGUUGCUUGGUGUUUCGCCUUUUGACUGCGCGUGCAUCGGCUAGCAGUCGCCGUUUGUUUGUUCCCUUCCCGCUGGCCUCGUGCGUGCUGUGAUUGUUGUUGUUGUUGCUGCUGCUCAGGUAGUUUGUCCCCGGCAUUUGCAGAGUGUGAUUUGAGUAAGUAAUUUAUCAAUGGAUUAACAGAUUCGCUCUUGUGAAUCUGCUACUUUA